GCUCCAGGAAUCUGCUCUAAAUGUUUUCCAUAUUAGUUCAGAGCCUUCUCUGGUUCCAAAUAGCCUAGCAGCCGAGCUGGGGUAAUGCUGAGAGGAACCCUGAGCAGGAAGGGGAAGGGAACGGGGGGCGUGGCAGGGAGCAGGGUAGCACACUAACAGACAGCACAACGGUAAGACACUGACAAAGAAACGGGAAAGGAAAGAGAGAGAAAAGAGAGAGAGAGAAAACAACCUCCCAAGGAGCUGAAGAAUAAGCGCAAGUCUCAUUUCAAGACAGAAGGUGAAGAAUGGGAGAAGGAAAGAAGGGAUCUGGAGGAGGGGAGAAGAGCGGAGGAGCGCCCCCCAUCCAGGAGAAGAAAGGAGGGAAAGCAGAGGAGGGAGGGCCAGCGCCCGAGGAUGCCCACAAGUGCUGUGGCUGUCGCUUCCCCCUGCUCAUCGCCCUGCUACAGCUGCUGCUGGGGGUGGCCAUCACAGCCGUGGCCUUCCUCAUGGUCACCAUCAGCCCCUCGCUCCUGGCCAGGGAGACCCCACACUGGGCCGGCAUCAUUUUGUGUGUGGUCUCCUUGCUGGGCUUCGUCCUCUACUGCAUCACCUACGUACCAGACGAGAGGACCUCCAUGCAAUUCAUCGCCAAAUUGCUGUACUUCAUCCUGUGCACGGUGGGCCUGGUCCUCUCUGUCCUGGUCAUGGCCUUCUCUGGCCAUCACUACGCCCAGACCAACGGCUUCAGCUGCCUGGAGGUGGGAGAUGACUGCUUGUGCACCCUGGACCCCCACGACCCAAUCGCCAGGACCUUCACCUACGCGGGAGUCAGCGACUGCGGAGAGGUCACAGGCACCCUGAAGUUGUACUUCCUGCUUCAGAUUGCCCUGAACCUGACCCAAGCCCUGGUGUGUGCCCUGGGGGCCUUCGUCAUGUGGAAGCACCGCUACCAGGUGUUCUUCGUGGGGCUGCAGAUGGGCUCGCCCUCCUUCCAGCACUGGCAGAAGGUCUGAUGGGAAAUGUAGGAAGAAGAGGCCCAUGGUGAUGAUGAUACCACUAUUGAGGGUAGAGUAAGAAGGCGAGCAGCCAAUCAACAUUUCUGCUCAUUCUACUUGAAUGGACAGAGAUGUAUUACACAAAACACUUUGGUGUGUGCAUAAGUGUGUGUUUUGGUUGUUCUCAAUCAUAUUUACAUUUUGGGGUGGUUGACUUCUUCUAUAAUGGCUUUUCACACAACUUUGAUAUACUGUGUGGAGAACUUUAUUUGCAGUUGCCAAUGCUACAUGAGAUACUGUAUUUCUAAUAGAUGAAGAAAAAUGCAAAACUACCAAACUGUCAGUUUUGGAAUGAUCUACCUUGAUGUUCAAUGUUUUUGUCAGGGAUUUCAAAAUAAUUUAGCAAAAAUCUUUACUAUGCCUCUACGAUGAAUGUAUACAAUCUAUAAUAGUGUUGAUUAUAUUACAAUUAAAGCAAACUUAGACACUUUUCUCAAACUGUGGUCGUAAAAACGAUUCUUGCUGUGCAAGUAUUCAUCUCUAUAAUCUUGUAUCAUACUGCUGUUUAGGACUGUGGGGAAUGCUAUUGUUUUCAACCCUGGUUGGCCUUCAACUUGAGAUACUCAAUGAGAGUGGGCAGCACUGAGCUAGCCUGCAACGUCACUUCCUGGAGUAGCUCAAACUGAGCAUGUUAUCAAAAGACAGUGCAGUAUGAAGAUAUGCAGAAACUGCUUCUCCAAUAGAAAUCCCUGAUCACAUUUGUAAGCGAUGUCAUGGCGACGUUCAUGCACAGAAAUACGUUAUCGGGUCUAACGGUUGUCUUGCGCCGAACUGCGCAUGUGCAGGCCGUCAAAUCAAAGGUACUCCUUCGAUAUCAAGUUGCUUUUGACAAAAAUGUAAACGUGUCAGUUUGUCACUUUCACGAGGUUGGAGUAAUAACAUGUUCAACUACUUAAGACAUUGGCUCAAAUCUAGGUUGUGGAUUUAGAUUUUGAGAAAAUUAACAAAUAAAGAAGAAUUUCACUUCUCUCAUCGACUUCUCAAACCCCGGCCUGGUCUGCUUGGUCUGUUUCGCAAGCAUUCCCGGAAGUCUUGCGAUGAUGCGCCUCUGGGUUUAGAAACUGCGACGUUAUGUCUUGAAAAUCCCCCCCAUGAGAUUCCAUUUUAGUAAGCUAAAACAGACUUCCUGAGCUUCAAAUGCACUAUUGAGUCUUCACAUCGGAAUAAAUGGUGUGACGUCAUCGAUGGCUUUGGGGCGGCAGGUAGCUUAGUGGUUAAGAGCGUUGUGCCAGUAACUGAAAGGUCACUGGUUCUAAUCCCCGAG